GCGAAAAGUGAUUUUUUUAAAAAAACUAUACGUAUAGUAAAAUAAAAGAGUAUGAGUUUGAAAAAAGAAAGUUUCGGUUCAGAAAUUAAAAGACUUGCGCGGGAACGAAGGAGACGGAGGGAAGCUAAUGAGAUUCUCAUAGCAAAGGAAUAUGUGGAAAAAGAUAAGACGGAAUGUGGUUAUCCCUGUGUUGGAGCUGUGAACGAUAUUGGACGUGGGAAACCGGAAGAAGCCGUGAGAAGAUUGAGGAAAUAUGCCGAGUUGAGAAACAGGAUAUUGUUAAAAUUAGAGGAGGCAUUGAUCGAAGCGAGAGAAGUGAUAAGGAGGGAAGUAAAACCGAAACCGAUGAAUGUAAAACAAUUAAAGUUAAUUUUGGGAAAGAUUUGUGCGUCUAACGAUUAUAAUCCAAAAAGAUCACAUCUUUUGAAGAGAUAUAGGGAAGAGGUAGCGGAACCACCGCCCCAGGUUUUCGAGAUAGAAGUAAUGACAUCGAAAGAAAUAAAAAGGGAGUUGAGUCGGUUGGGUUUAAACUUUAAGACAAAUAUGAGAAAAUCUGUUUUGAAGAAUAUUUUGAUAGAGGAUGCAAGGAAAAAUAAAAACUUUAAGGCGAAACAGAUUGAAUGGGGUUACCCUAUCAGUCGUCGUUGGUUUGCAAUGAGCCGGUGGUAUUUUACCCGCAGGUUAACGAUGGAAUCGUUUACGAUAUGGGCAUUUGUGAAGGGGGAGGGUAGCGGUACCCGUUGUAUAUACUACAGCGGAGUAAGAGAGGAAACCGCGACCGGUUUAUAAAAAAAAAAAUUUUU